GUUUAGGGUGAGUGAGUGUACACUGCGGUCGGUGUGGGACGGGCGUACAGCACAGCGACUGGGCUCUGGAUGGUGAAUUCUACGGAUGAAGAAAUUAUUCUGCCCACCACUCUGGGAAUUUUAAACACGACAGCUGACAGUCACGUUAUCAUUUAAGCGGUGUGAGGAGGACUCUGGAGAUAGAUACAGGGUUUACGGUUCCCGCAGCUGACGCGCAAGUUGUUGUCAGUCUCGCAGGUUAGUGAGUGAGUGAGUGAGUUUGGGUUGGAGUUAGCUAGCUGAUACGCUAGCCUUAAACGAUUUUAAAUUCAUCGAAGCUUGUAUAUAUUUUGUGUCAUGGCUCUGCGAGCGAGAGCUCUGUAUGACUUCAAUUCAGAAAACCCAGGGGAGAUAUCAGUGAAGGAGCACGAGAUUGUAACUCUGUACAGCGAGCAGGACAUUGAGGGCUGGCUGGAGGGGGCGAACAGUAGAGGGGAUAGGGGGCUUCUCCCUGCCUCCUACGUCGAGGUAUUGAGGAAUGACACCGUCUCGUCUUUUAACAACAACUCUCGGUAUGCCAACAUUCCCACUGGUGGUUUUGACUUCAAAAACCAGACUCAAGAGAGCUACAACAGUGCACCAGCAGCACCCAGCUUCACAGCCUACCCUGCUCUACCUCAACAACAACAACAACAUCCAGGGACCCCAGCCAGUGAUGAUGAUUGGGAUGAUGACUGGGACGAUCACUCGUCCGUAGCUGAUGAACCAGGGAUUGUUGGUGGAGGAUACAGGAAUUAUGAAGGUAACGGACCCUCUAGCUACAGCAUCUCCACAUCCUCCAUGCCUAGAGGUGCACAGCAAGGCAAAAGUUCAGCCACGGUCAGCAGAAAUCUGAACAGGUUCUCCACCUUUGUGAAGUCAGGCGGUGAGGCAUUCGUCCUGGGGGAAGCAUCCGGCUUUGUGAAGGAUGGGGAUAAAAUUUGUGUGGUAAUGGGUCAGUACGGUCCAGAGUGGCAGGAAAACCCUUACCCAUUUACUUGCACUAUUGAUGAUCCCACCAAGCAAACGAAAUUCAAAGGCAUGAAAAGUUACAUUUCCUACAAGCUGACGGCAACCCAUACGCAGAGUCAGGUCAACAGAAGAUAUAAGCAUUUUGAUUGGCUCUAUGCACGGUUGGUGGAGAAAUUUCCUGUCAUCUCAGUGCCACACAUCCCUGAAAAACAAGCCACCGGUCGCUUUGAAGAAGACUUCAUUUCUAAAAGGAGAAGAGGGCUGUUAUGGUGGAUGAAUCAUAUGACCAGCCACCCUGUACUGGCCCGGUGUGAUGUUUUCCAGCACUUUCUCACCUGCUCCAGCACGGACGAAAAGUCUUGGAAGCAAGGGAAGAGAAAAGCAGAGAAGGAUGAGAUGGUCGGUGCUAAUUUCUUCCUCACCAUCAGCACUCCAGCAGCCCCUCUUGACCUGCAAGACGUCGAAAACAGGAUUGAUGGAUUCAAGGCCUUCUCCAAGAAAAUGGAUGACAGCGUGAUCCAAGUCAAUGCCACGCUUAACGAGUUUGCAAGGAAGCAGAUAGCCGGGUUCAAGAAAGAGUAUCAGAAAGUGGGACAGUCUUUUAAGUAUCUAAGUCAAGCAUUUGAGAUGGACCAGCAGUCAUACUCGGUCGGUUUGAACCAAGCAAUUGCGUACACGGGAGAAGCCUACGAAGCUAUUGGAGACUACUUUGUGGAGCAGCCUAAACAAGACGUGGACCCUGUGAUGGAUUUGUUAGCCCUGUACCAAGGACACCUUACCAACUACCCUGAUAUCAUCCAUGUUCAGAAAGGUGCUCUGACGAAGGUGAAGGAAAGCCAGAAGCACGUAGAGGAAGGGAAGAUGGAAAGCCUGCAGGCAGACGGCAUCAGGGAACGCUGCAACAUCAUCUCUUUCGCCACUCUGGCUGAGAUCCAGCACUUCCACCAGACUCGAGUGCGGGACUUCAAGUCCCAGAUGCAGCAUUACCUCCAGCAGCAGAUCAGCUUCUUCCAGAAGAUCACAGGCAAGCUAGAGGAGGCGCUUCAGAAGUAUGACGAUGCCUAAAUAAACCACAGUUCAAUGGGACUGAAAGAGCUUUACCUUGCCCGGCAAAGAGCCUGGUGAGGGUUAGCCAGCCCCUAGCAAUAUACGACAAACCAAGAGUCUAAAAUUGAUGAAAUUUAUCCCCAUACAAUGAGUGUCCAUUAGAAGGAACUGAAUGACUUUUUUGGGGAAAGUAUUUAGUGAGAUGGCGAUAAUAAACGUCUAGUCUGGACUGUGUUUUCCUAUGUGAAACUGCUGAGGAGGACAGAGACAC